AUGCCAUUCUGGACAUUGAUCUCUGGAAAACUCCUAAACAAUUAUACUCUUUGUGGUCAAUGUUUUCAUUGGCGAAGACGAAACCUUCAACAUCAAACGGGUCAUGUGGUUGUGAAUUGUACAUUACCUGGUGAAAUUGAUUGUACACCAAUCGCUGACAAAUAUUUAACUCUAUCGAGUUUAACAGACGAAGUUAAGAAUCAAAUUCACAAUGGAAUUUACUGUGAUGGUGGUAGAUCUUGUUACCUAGAAGGAGUUAUCUCUAAAAAUCAUAACAAAUCACAUCGUAUGAUCGCUCAUAUUCGCUCUACACUUCCUCCAAUACAUUCCGAGGAUAUUGUCUUAGAAACAUUUUUGGGUAAUGGAAGUUUUGGUUGUGUUUUUAAAGGAAAAUGGUUAUCACGUAAUAAAACCAUCGCAUGUAAACUAAUAUUUAUGGAUAAUUUGGACAUUAAAAACUCAUUUGAGCAUGAACAAUUUACAUAUCAGGAAGUGACUGGUUUUUCUAUACUGAAAUAUUAUGGAUGUUGCUCAUCUAUUUUUCUCAAUCAUCGUGAAGCAAAAAUGUUAAUUUUGAAUUUUAUGGCAAACGGAAAUUUAGCAGAUGUUCUCGCAAACAAGAAAAAUAUCUUAUCUUAUCGACGACUCACGCAAAUGGCAUGCGAUAUUUGUUCGGGCAUGAGCAUAUUACAUCAGCACGAAAUAAUCCAUCGUGAUAUACGACCAGUGAAUAUAUUAAUCGACUCUAGUUAUAAAGCAUUUAUUAGUGACAUGGGUAUUGCUCGUCGAUUUAAUUCAAAAAUGAAAUUUACAUUAAUAGGAUGUGAACAAUAUCAGCCACCCGAGUUCUUUUCAAAAAAUAACAAUCGGAUUACCGAAAAACUGGAUAUUUAUACAUUCGGUCUUACUCUUUAUGAAAUGUUCACGAAUGGUGAAAAACAUGUAUUUGAUGGAAGAUCAAAAAGAGCCAUAUUUCGUAGACCAAGUUUAUUAUUCUUUAAAUUAAUUAACGACUGUACCGCAGUACGAGCACUCAUGAGACCGUCAGCCAAUCAAAUGGAAGCAACGUUCAAUGAGAUUUGUACAAGUUUUAAAAUUGAUGAAAACUAUAUGAAAAAGACAACAGAUGAAAAAAAUAAUGAUUUUAAGAAAUUUUUGAAAAAUUAUAAACAACAAACAGUCCGUGAGUAA